CACGUACGUUAUUGCAAACGAAAAGAUGGCGUCGGUAGCAGAAAUGUACGAUGUGGGAUGGGAAGAGAUGAGAGACAAGCUGCGGAAAUGGAGAGAAGAUAACUGCAGAAACAGUGAACAGAUAGUGGAUGUUGGUGAAGAACUCAUCAGUGAACAUGCAUCUAAACUGGGAGAUGACAUAUGGAUUAUUUAUGAGCAGGUGAUGAUUGCAGCCCUGGACUGCAGUCGGGAUGACUUGGCUCUGACCUGUCUACAGGAACUGAGGAAGCAGUUUCCAGAUAGCCACAGAGUGAAGCGUUUAACGGGCAUGAGGCUGGAAGCUUUGGAAAGGUACGACGAGGCCAACAAGCACUAUGAUGCCAUUCUCCAAGAUGACCCCACCAAUACGGCAGCAAGGAAGCGCAAGAUCUCCAUACUGAAGGCCCAGGGGAAGAGCACUGAAGCCAUCCGGGAGCUCAAUGAGUAUUUGGAGCAGUUUGUUGGGGACCAAGAAGCAUGGCAUGAACUGUCAGAGCUCUACAUCAACGAACAUGACUAUGGAAAAGCUGCAUUUUGUCUGGAGGAGCUGAUGAUGACCAAUCCUCACAAUCAUUUGUACUGUGAGCAGUACGCUGAGGUGAAGUACACUCAGGGGGGGCUGGAAAACCUGGAGCUGUCCAGAAAGUAUUUUGCUCAGGCACUGAGGCUGAACAACCGAAACAUGAGGGCAUUGUUUGGUCUGUACAUGUCUGCAAGUCACAUCGCUGCCAGUCCUAAAGUUAGUGCCAAGGUGAAGAAGGACAACAUAAAGUAUGCUGCUUGGGCUGCCACUCAAAUAAAUAGAGCUUAUAAGCUGGCUGGUCGUGGGACCAAGGAGAACAAAUGCUCCAUGAAGGCAGUGGAGGAGAUGCUGGAGUCAAUGCAGAUCACAAUGCCCUAGAUGUCCUUGUGUACAUCGGACUUGUUCCUUCCUUGGAGCAACAUGGCAGCUCAAGUAGCCUUGCAGAGUGACCAGAGCUGUUGCAGGAAUUAUGAUUAUUUUUUGGAAAUCAGGUUUGGUUGUGUAAGAGAACGUUUGUUAUGCUCAAAUGCAAAAAUUUUGCCACCCACGUGGAAAUUAAAUUCACAUAUUUCAAUAGCCCUAACAUACCUACUGUAAGCCUCCACAGAUGAGACUGUACUAGCUCUCCUCUUCCUAAGUUCUUUUACGUUUUGCCAGUAUCACUAAUUAUUGACUUUACAUCAGUGAUGUAAAAAUGCUAUUUUUAAGAGAUCCCAUGUCUGCACUGAUGUCUCCUACUGUCUGUUUCCAUUCUAUCUGUAAAUGAAAAAACUUUAAUUUAAUAAACCAGCUGUUUUUUGUUUUUUGUUAAA